UCAUGCCUGCCCCGCUGUGUUUUGUCUCCAUCUUACUGGCCUGGACGGCGGGAUCUUGGGCCACAGACCAUAACCUGCCUUUCAUGGAGUACCUGGACGUGAACCAUCUGGUCUCCCUGAAGUGGGGAUUCGAUGAUGCUCAAGGAAACAUAACAUUCCAACUGGCAGUCAACACCACAGGCUGGGUGGGCUUUGGUUUGAGUCCACGAGACAUGGCUGACGCAGACAUUGUAAUGGGGGGACUUGGACCCACUGGGAGAUAUUUUGCAGAUUAUUAUGCACUAGAGGAUGCCAAGCCUAUAAUGGAUGAGGAGCAGAGCUACACCCUUCUCUCCAUGAAUGAAAAUGAUGGAAAAACAAUAAUGACUUUUCAGAGGUCCAUCGAGACUUGUGAUGACAAAGACUUCCUUAUCACUGCUCAGCCUAUUAAACUAAUCUACGCCUACGGCACAACAGAUGACAUCAAAUACCAUGGGAGCCGCAGAGGCACCAAAGAAGUAAAUCUGCUCAACUACAAGCCAAGGACCACCCCACCUGAUGCCAAAUAUCUCAGUGUCAAGGUGGAAAAUAUCACGCUCCCUCCCAAUAUCACCUACUAUCACUGUAAAGUAAUGAAGCUUCCAGACUUACCUACAAAACAUCAUAUUUAUCGGGUUGAGCCAGAGAUUGAUCACAAUGACGUCGUCCAUCACAUGCUGCUUUACCACUGUCCCUCUGUAAAAGAACCAUAUGAUAAACCAUGCUACAAGGGUGACAAAGGAGACGCCUGCUUUGGAGUGGUGGCUUCAUGGGCAGUAGGAGGAGGAGCCUAUGAGCUUCCUGAGAACACAGGUAUUCCUAUAGGAGGCGUAGGCAAUGACACAUUCUACAGGCUGGAAAUCCAUUACAAUAAUCCACAAAAGAAAGAAGGUAUUAAAGACAGCUCAGGACUGAGGCUUCACUAUACAGACCAACUUCGGCAGUAUGAUGUGGGCAUUCUAACCACUGGAGUGUUUCCAGUGAGCGAAAUGCAGUACGGGAUCCCUCCAAAAGCCACCCAUUUCAAGUCAUAUGGCAUCUGUAAUGUGUCCUUGUUUUCACAGCUUGUGAACCCCAUCCCUGACCUUCAAGUAUUUUCAGUUCUCUUGCACACUCACUUGGCUGGCAGGAAAGUCAGAGUGGGCCACUUCAGAAAUGGAAACCAAAUAGAUUUCAUGGGAGUAAGUGAAAACUACAACUUUGACAUGCAAGAAAUUGUCAAUUUAGGAAGCAUCAAGACAAUCAAACCGGAUGAUGAGAUCAUUGUGGAGUGCACAUACAAUACUGCAGAUCGCACUAAAACCACUUUGAUGGGUUUGUCCACCACUGAUGAGAUGUGUCUGGCUUUCCUGUUCUACUACCCUGCAAUCAAUAUUACUUCAUGCACCAGCCGCCCAAAUACAUCACUUCUAUCCAACACAGCUCAUCAAAUAGCUGAGUAUCAGAGCUUGAUAAAAACCCUGCCACAAGUUCAGUACAUCUCUGAUGCCAGUAGCGAUUUAUUGGUCUACAGGAAUGGCACUGUCAGGGAGCUAAUGAAGACGCCCACUACUGCUUGCAAAAAUACAAAUGGUGCAAGCACAUUUUGCUCUUUCUGGAUGGUGAAGGCAGGAGUUGUCAUCCUUCUGCUCCGUUGGUUUGCUUCAAUGUAGAAUGAACUUAGAAUGCCAACUUAGAAAAGAAAGAACAGUCAGUUUGGAAUGAUGUAGACCAUUUAGAACCGCAAGGAUGGUAAUGAACAACAGAGAUGCUAGCAAGUAAGACAGAUUGUUUUCAAGAACAGAUAAAUUUUGUUUUAUAUAUAUAUAUAUAAGAUUCAAUGGAAGCUUAGUAGUUGGAACAUUUUUCUAUUAAAAAUAAAAAUAAAAUCUGAUUUAAAUUUAUAAUAAAAUUGUUUUUUUUUUCUGUUUUUUCUGUACCCCAAAGCAAUGGAUUUCUUCCUCUAAAUGAUGGUAUUAAAAUAAUAAAAUGUUGUACAUAAAUAGAAAAUAUGCCUCUCAAACAUCUACUUGUAACUCACACACUAAAAAUCUAAGGUACUUACAUCAUACAUGUCCUGUGUCAGUAAAUUGAUCUAGAUUUCUAGUAAUAAUUAACAGAAACCACAAUCUGCACUCAACAAAUGGUUGAUUGACUUAAAUAAAAAGGUUAAUGCAAAACAUGAA